GCAACAACAUUCAUCUUCAGUGGAGUCGGGAUUUACGAGCGACGUUGUGUACGCGACGAAUCGCACGACAAAACCCGACGGCGUGCCCCGCGUACGUGAGUGGCCGAAGGUGGAACGUCACGUUCGCGUGCGAAUCCUCCGGGGAACGAUGUCUCAAACGAUCACGCGGGACCCGAAACACACCUGCAGCAAAAUUCCUACGCCGGGAAAAGUGCUGUCCCGUCGCCGAUACCUCCGGCCCGAAUGAAAUCUUGCCGUUCACGCACGUAUAUAUACAACACGCGUACCGGCAAGGAAAAGCCAUCCGUUUUGCGUAUCAAUGAGAAGACUGUGGGCGGGCGAGAGAGGUUCCUCACUUGGCUGAAGGACAUAUUUAAUAAAUCCAUAGUUGCAGAGGAUAGAAGCCACGAAGCUGACACAUCGAUCGUGACCAUCGAUCGCGCAACAACAACGCUCGAUCAUCCAGAAAUAACGGUUCCGAAGCCGCCAGCGGACUCUUCGGGCAAGGUCGGCGUCAUUAAUCAAAAACUGACCAAUUUCAACGCGAUACAAUCGAUGACGAAGUUCGUGGAUGGGAAUUUCCGCACCGAGAAAUAUCACGCGGAAAACGACAAAAAAUGUGCGAACGCGAUUCAACAGUCGACGACUUACAUCUCGUCGCAGUCGAGUGAACUUGGAAAAAUUUUACAACGCGAAACGGACUCUAACUUUGCGUGGUUCGAUCCCGGCGAGGUACAUCGAUCGGAGAGAAUCACGAUGAAAUUUGCGACAAGAGAUUCCGAUGCGGCCGCGCAUUAUCAUCGUUACACGAGUCCGAGACACUGUUAUCGCCUGCCACCGCGAAUAAAACGACCGUUUCUAGAAUCGUGCGCUUUAAAUAGAAAUAUCGGCGUGUCGACGCGCGCGAUCGCAGAUUUCGCUCCUAGGAACUCGAAGCCGCCCGUCAGGGAGCCAAACAUGCCCAAAAAAGAGAAGGACGAGAAGAAGGACAAGAAGGAGAAGAAGAAGCCGGUAAUACGUACGGACGGCGAAUCCGCCGAUAGUAGCGAGAACCGAGCGAAGAUGAUAGCGAACGAUAACCCGAAGAGCGACCUCGACACGGGGUUUCACGAAUGGGGCGUGAAACUCGUCGAGGAGCCGGCCGCCGAAGCGAGCGAUAACGAUAACUUGGCCGAAAAGAGCCGGCAAUACGUCACGAAACAGUUUUGGGGAGUGAACCUGAAACGGGCGAAGCCGGAUGUCGAGGAUGUUCCCUCGCCUGCGUCCGAGGGUCCCAGGAGAGCCGCGAAAGAGCAUCGAAACACCUCUCCGAUCUCAGAGAGUAGCGAUACUAUCGUCGAUGAGACGAGGAGCAACGCUUCCUCGUCGCUAAACGCUUCAACGAAAGUGCCGUCGAACUUGAAAGGGACGACCGCGGAAUAUCUGUCGACUCCGUCGUAUCAGGCAAACCUAAUUUCGCCGAGUAGUGAUUCAAUUAUGCCGCAGCAAGGAAAGACUGACGCGGACUCGUCUUUGAAUUCUGAAGCCCUUCAAAGAAUCAUAAAGGCAUCGCCAGACGUGUUAAAGGAGCCGAUAACGAUUGAAGAAUAUAAUGUUCCGGAAGGAGCGACCUUGAAUACCGAGAUCACUGCUUGGAAGAUUCUUGCGAUGAGAUCGAAUACAGUAGCUCAGGAAGACCAUAUGUCGCCUGAUAACGUGGAAAAUAUGGAAAUGCUAUCGAUUCGUCCUGAAGCGCCGCAGCCAAAGUUAGACGUGCGAGUUGUCAAGUCUGCCGAAGACGCCUUGGAAGAUGACCACGAGAUCGAUCAGAUCAGUUCUGGAUAUAAAGCUGUGAAACCUACGGAGAUCAAACAUUUUGGAUCGCCGCAGAAACCAGACGGUUACGUGUCCAGCAAGAGACUGCAUACUGCAAGCAUGCAGAUUCGUUAUACACAUCGAUAUAUAAGUAGAUAUAUCGCGACACUUUCAAUCAACUCUGUUCUCAUCGAUAAAACCACGCGGAUGAGAUGUUCAAGAUUUACGUCAGCCUUCUCUACAAAUCCAGAGAAUUCUAAAGAGAUUAUUAAGAUAUUAAAUCAACAGGGCAAAGAAAAGCUAGAUUCAAAGAGCUGGAAGAAGGAAGAAAGAUCUAACGAUUCUAAUAAUUCAUUAAGCAUUAAACGGCCUCAUUUAGCCUCUUUAGAAUCUCGAACGUUUUCAAAUAGCAGUAAGAAGCCAUCGGAUACCGACAAUCUUGCCGAGACAUUGAAUGUUAUCGCGAACAAAGAGAUGGAAAUUUCUUUAAAGGAGUCGCAAACAACCGAUCAUCGCAAGAAAAUUGCACGUCUAUCUUCUGAACCUGCACAAAAGGAUGAAUCUCGCUUUAAAGACGAGGACGUUCAGGACGAAAUAGAACGCUACGAGAAUUCCACCGCCAGUUACAUAGACUCGCGUAAAGACGCUACGUACAUCGAUUUCGAAACUCCAUCAGCUGAUCCAAUCAAAUCGCCGAAUGCAAAAUUAAAUGAAGAGGACUCUAACAUAGAAAGCGACAAGAAUGCAACUUUGAAUCCGAAUGUGGAAGAUGUAAAGGACGAGUACAUCGUCGACGGCGAUUAUGUGCGAUUUCCGGGCGAUCCUUAUCCCUACAAUAAAGAGAACCUGGAUAAAUGGCGCGCGUCGCGCUUUAUCCACAGGCCGGCGAAGCCGGUCAAGCCGGAGACCAAAUUCGACUCUGUCUCUGUCACACAAUCAAGGAACACUAAUGGCAACGUAUAUGCAAACGUCCCGCGUGAUUCUCACGCCGGUGCGGCGAUGAAGACUUCAGGAAGCGGCGACGGCGCGGGAGCAAAAAACGCGGGACACUCGGGGAGCGGAUUCCGCCGAGUGUCCCCUCGGAGUCAGCGGGCGGUAUCUGAUUGCCUGCGCGGCGAUGCCGCGGAUGUGCUGGGAUUGCGAGGAUGGACGGAGGCCUUCUCGCGGCUCGACGUCGGCGGCGAGAUGGACGGGGCGGCGGUGCGAAGAGGCGGCGGCGGCGACGACGCGUCUUCUCGCGUCUAUCAUCAGUAGACUCGCCGCGAGAAUUUGCGCCGUAACUUCCGGUGAGCGUGCACCCCGCGGCACCUUUGCAUAAUUCAGCUCUCUCGGUUAAUUAGAACGGGCUCGUUGCCCGCGACGUAACGAGCGAGGGUUCCGCGAACUUUAAUCCUAGAUUGCGUUUACCGUUUCCGUCCGCUCGCUGACGCUUAAGUGCAUCCAGUAUGAACGCAAUAAAUAUAACACGGAUAUAUAUACGCGCGGAUAUAAUAGUUUGUACCGUAGUCUUUCGUCAGUUUUUGAUACAAAUUUUUGAAGAAUAUGAUACAUAUACAGAUUUUAUAUUCUGUUUCUUGUAUGAUAUAUGAAUAAAAAAUAAUG